UCCUUAAAGUCCAACAGUUUCCCAUUAAGGACCAUCAAUAGAAAACAUAUAUAGUUUGUUCCACUCAUUACUCCAUACUUUAUACUAAAAAUAUCUACAUUGUACAUAUAUCAAAAAGACAACACAUAAAGAUCUCUACUUAUAGAUGGAUUUGAAGAUUCAAGAUCAUGAAGAACUAAUCUCAAUCAAAGUUGAAGUUGAAUCAUUUUCUCAAGAUUCCAUUAUAGCUAAAGAAUUGGAAAAACACUAUAUAGGUGUUCGAAAAAGGCCAUGGGGAAAAUAUGCAGCUGAAAUUAGGGAUUCGACAAGGAAUGGAAGAAGGGUUUGGCUCGGAACAUUUGAUACUGCUGAAGAAGCUGCUUUGACUUAUGACCAAGCCGCGUUUUGCAUGAGAGGUCCUUCAACUUGCCUGAAUUUCUCAGUAGAAGAAGUGCGUGAAUCGCUAACAAAUAUGGAAUUUAAUAAUGACUUUAAAGAUGGAUUGCUUUUGUCUCCCGCUGCAGCGAUAAAAGAUAGACACAAGAAGAGAAAUAGUACAUCACGAAAAAGGAAGCAAAUGAAAAUUAAAGAAGAAAAUGUGUUGAUAUUUGAAGAUUUAGGUACUGAUUUGUUAGAUGAACUCUUAUCUGAGUACUCAUCUUGUUCAAAUUAAUCUACAAAUUAUCACAUCAUCUGUAAGUAAAUCUUGUACUUUCUUGUUCAUGGUUCAUUUCUAUGCUGUUCGGACACUUCAAAUGUUGUUGUACUCGUGUCAGAUUCUCCAAGGAUAUACUUUUUUUGGAGGAUUUGGUUCGUAUCCGGUGGUAUUUUAUGAGUCCGAGCAACAUAUAAGUAAAUCUUGUACUUCCUUGUUCAUGGUUCAUUUCUAUGUUGUUAUGACACUUCAAAUGUUACUGUA